AUGCGCCGCACGCUCACGCGCCUCGCGGCCCUCAAGCCAGGCCGCUACCUCGAACCCGGCACCCCCACCGGCCUCACCGGCCUCCUCACCCACAACUCGCCCCGAUCAGCCCUGCUGUACCUGUACUCAUCUACCCUCGAGAAACUAGAGUCCUUCCCAGAGACGUCGCUGUAUCGCCAAUCGACCGGCGCGCUGACGACACACCGCCUGAGUAUCGUGGAGGGCGUCGUGCCGGAGGGGUAUAAAGCGUGGGCGGAGAAGGCGAAGAGGGUGAUGAGCGAGCAUCCUGAGGUGUUUAAUACGCCCGUUGGGGGUGUGGAUCAUGUUGGGGAUGAGGGGGAGGGGAAAUUGACGAGGGUUGUGGUGGAUGGGAGGGUGUUUGUUACGAGGAAGCAGGAGAGGGUUGUGGAUGAGGUUGCGGAUGAGUGGGAUGGGGAGGAGGAUAAGGGGCCUGAGUUGGAGGGGCCGAGGACGAGGGAGGAGAGGAAGAGUUUGGUUUUGUUGGCGAAGGAGAGGCCGGGGGUUGAUAGCAAGACGGUGGAGUUGGAUCCGGAGCCCAAGUUGACGGUUGAGCAAAUUGAGGAGAUUGAGAAUAAGAUCGGUGCUGGGCUCAUUGAGGAAGUCAUUCAAGUCGCAGAGGGAGAAUUGAAGCUUGUAGAUGUCAUGCUGAAGGCAAAAGUAUGGGAAGACUUAGAAGAGAAGCCGGUCGAAGGCCAAUGGACAUAUUUCAUGCGCGAUACCGCAACGCCUACGACGCAACAACCACCACAAAAGUAA